GCGCGGAGAGAGAGAAGAUAUAUGAUACAGCAAUAGCAUAUAUAUCCAUUCAUUUAGUUACUCUGACCUUCAUCUCAUGCAGCACACAAAUGCAAAUGCAAAUGCAAAUGCAAAUGCAAGGCCCUCCACCGCAGAUCCAGUUGGACCAAACUUCCAACGACGAUUUCCUCAAGCAAAUGCUCUCAAACCUCCCUCCUUCCUCCUUCUGGGACCCCCACGACCACUCCGCCUCCGCUCUCAUGCCCCUCUCCUUUCACCAAACUCUCUACAAUAUUAAUGCCUCUCCCCAACCUCCCAACCCUCACACUCACACUUUCGGACCUUCCGCUCCGCCCAAACACAAGGUCAGGGCCAGGAGAGGACAAGCCACCGACCCACACAGCAUCGCCGAAAGAUUACGGAGGGAGAGAAUCGCAGAGAGAAUGAAGGCCCUGCAAGAACUCGUUCCCAAUGCCAACAAGACUGACAAGGCCUCUAUGCUGGAUGAGAUCAUCGAUUAUGUCAAGUUCCUACAGCUCCAAGUUAAGGUUUUAAGCAUGAGCAGAUUGGGGGGUGCUGCGGCUGUGGCUCCCGUGGUGGGCGAAAUGUCGUCAGAGGGAGGGAAGGUGAAGGGGAAUGAAGCGUCCUCAAACGACAGCCUGGCCAUGACGGAGCAACAGGUGGCGAAGCUGAUGGAGGAGGACAUGGGCUCCGCCAUGCAGUACCUUCAGGGGAAAGGCCUCUGCCUCAUGCCCAUUUCUCUUGCCACCGCCAUCUCCAAUGCCACGUCUCGCACCUUCAUCAACGCUCAUGCUCCGCCCACCUCUCCCGGACCCAAUUCCUGAUCAACCCUCCCUUGCUUUUCCCUUCUACGCUCUUUUCUUUUGCAUAAACACACCAAAAAUACACUAUACUUUAGCCAUGUUCUUGACUCUUGUUAUAAAUAUUCACAUUCACCCACUUAAUUUCACUAA